AUGAUGUACAGAGGAGCUUUAUUUCAGAUUUUUCUUGCUUUCUUCUACUUUUGCGGACACAUACAAGGGACAAAUGUCUCAGUCUUACAGAUCGAACCAGAUAGCGUUGUGGUCGAACACGGAAGUUCAGUCUCUGUGAACUGUAGCACAAACCUCAAGCAUCAGGGGAUGGGCUGGGAGGCAACCCAGGGAUCAGUGCCUCUAACAGAACAUGUCCAGCUCAUCACUUGGAAGUUGGAGAGCCUCCAGGACUGGAACAUAAAACCAAUUUGUUAUGCAAAUUUUCUUAAUGAUAAGCAAGUGGAAUCUGAGCUUAACAUUACAGUGUACAAGUUACCAGAUAGUGUUACUAUCAGUACUGUUGGUCACUCAGGUCCCAUGAAUGAAGGCCAACAGUAUGAACUCCAGUGUGAUGUUCAGAACGUUGCUCCUAUUCACCUUCUUACAGUGAACUGGUACAAAGGAGAAACUCUGCUGGCAAAUAAUUCAUUUACUGACCCCAACAAGAAACCAGUGAAUGAGUCUGUUACACUGCAGAUCACCCCCAACAGAGCAGAUGAUGGAGCUCAAUACAGGUGUGAAGCAAAGUUACAACUGGGACCAGAUGGACCUCAUCCUGCUCCGACAGUAAAAUCAGUUCUUCUCACCAUUACUGUGUACUAUGGCCCAGAGAUUUCAUGUCCAAGCAAUAUUACAUUUUUAGAAGGUGAACCUUUUAAUCACAAUUGCACAGCUAAAGGUCACCCACAACCUGAAAUUACAUGGUGGAAAGAUGACACCGCUGUAGAUUUACCACAGAAGGUAUUCAGACGUGAUCAAGGGCAGUACACCCUAUUAGCAAACAACACUAAUGAUAUCAGUCACAAACUGGAGGUCAUGGUGGUCUAUCCACCCUCUGAGAUUUCAGAGCUAGUGAAUACCCCAGUAAAUCGUGGAGAAAAUGUGACGCUAAAGUGCUCUUCUUCUGCCAAGCCUCGUCCAGAAUACGAAUGGCGCUUUUAUGAUGCAUCUAAUGUGCGGUAUGAGAACACUGAUGGAGUCUCGCUCCUACACAUAAAUGCUGCCAAUGGACUCAACAAUGGCAAUUACACCUGCAUUUCCUCCAACGACCUUGGAAAAAAAGAGCUCACUGUCAGAGUGGAUGUGAAGGGUGCAGAGGCUGUGUGCCCGCUUACAAUCAGCCCACCCCAUGUAGUGAUGGAGCAUGGCCAGUCUACUGAUGUGAAGUGUACUGCCUCCAGUAAUCAUUCUCGGUUGCACUGGAAAUUUGUAGAUUCCUUAACUAAUAGCAGCACGUUACACAUGACCUACUUACAGCUUUUGGAUUGGGAUGAAAAGCCAUCAUGUUAUGGAGAAUUUAUAGGGCUUGACAGUUGUCGUAAACUUUUGAAUGUUACUCUCUUCAAACGUCCAGAUAUGGUUACUAUCAGUACUGUUGGUCACUCAGGACCAAUGGUUGAAGGCAACCAGUAUGAACUCCAGUGUGAUGUUCAGAACGUUGCUCCUAUUCACCUUCUUACUGUGAACUGGUACAAAGGAGAAACUCUGCUGGCAAAUAAUUCGUUUUCUGACACCAACAAGAAACCAGUGAGUGAGUCUGUUACACUGCAGAUCUCCCCCAACAGAGCGGAUGAUGGAGCUCAAUACAGGUGUGAAGCAAAGUUACAGCUGGGACCAGAUGGACCUCAUCCUGCUCCGACAGUACAAUCAGAACCUCUCACCAUUACUGUGCACUACAAACCUGUAAUAUAUGGAGAUAAACUACCAGCAACUGUACCAGUGUUUGAUGGCUAUCCAAAGAUGCUUGCAUGUAAGGCUGAUGGGAAUCCAAAACCCACUAUUAAAUGGCUCUCUGGCUCUGAGAUCAUAUCUGAAAAUGAAAACUUGACCAUAACGGACAGUGAUGGCAUCUUCAUUUGCUCUGCAACUAACGUUAUAGGUACUGACUUCAGAGAAGUCCAGGUGAUUGUGAAUGUCUUACAGAUCAAUCCGAAUAGCGUUGUGGUCGAACACGGAAGUUCAGUCUCUGUGAACUGUAGCACAAACCUCAAGCAUCAGGGGAUGGGCUGGGAGGCAACGCAGGGAUCAGUGCCUCUAACAGAACAUGUCCAGCUCAUCACUUGGAAGUUGGAGAGCCUCCAGCACUGGGACAUAAAACCAAUUUGUUAUGCAAAUUUUCCUGAUGAUAAGCAAGUGGAAUCUGAGCUUAACAUUACAGUGUACAAGUUACCAGAUAGUGUUACUAUCAGUACUGUUGGUCACACAGGUGCCAUGAAAGAAGGCCAACAGUAUGAACUCCAAUGUGACGUUCAGAACGUUGCUCCUAUUCACCUUCUUACAGUGAACUGGUACAAAGGAGAAACUCUGCUGGCAAAUAAUUCAUUUACUGACCCCAACAAGAAACCAGUGAGUGAGUCUGUUACACUGCAGAUCUCCCCCAACAGAGCAGAUGAUGGAGCUCAAUACAGGUGUGAAGCAAAGUUACAACUGGGACCAGAUGGACCUCAUCCUGCUCCGACAGUACAAUCAGAUCCUCUCACCAUUACUGUGCACUACAAACCUGUAAUAUAUGGAGAUAAACUACCAGCAACUGUACCAGUGUUUGAUGGCUAUCCAGAGAUGCUUGUAUGUAAGGCUGGUGGUAAUCCAAAACCCACUAUUAAAUGGCUCUCUGGCUCUGAGAUCAUAUCUGAAAAUGAAAACUUGACCAUAACGAACAGUCAUGGCAUCUUCAACUGCACUGCAACUAAUGUUAUGGGUACUGACUUCAGAGAAGUCCAGGUGAUCAUGAAAGGCAGGUGUCCGCUUGAGCUCAGACCUCCUGAAGUGGUGGUGGAGUAUGGAUCUUCAUUUUCGGCAGACUGUUUCACUACCAGCGGUGAGGGAAUAGGUUGGACAGUGUCUCAGGGAGCAGUGGAAAUAAUGGAUAGUGUCCAGUCCGUUACUUGGACAGUGAAGAGCCUCGUGCAGUGGGACAUAAAGCCAUUUUGCUUUACUUCUGUGAUGGAAAGGUUGUGCUCGCUCAGCCUCCCAGUCACUGUUUACAAAACUCCAGACAAGGUGUCCAUCAGCACCGUGAGUCACAUAGGGCCGAUGACUGAAAGCUUGCAGUACGAGCUCCAGUGUGACGUUCAGAAUGUGGCUCCUGUUCACCUCCUCACCGUGAACUGGUACAAAGGUCAUCAUCUAGUGGCAAAAACCUCCUUCUCUGAUUCCACCAAGACCCCAGUGAACCAAUCUACGAUAUUCCACAUCACUGUGAACAGAGUCGACGACGGAGCUCAGUACAGGUGUGAAGCUGAGCUGCAAGUGAGCAGGAAUAGACCUGGAGCUCAGCCUACUUUCAAAGUGUCAUCGCAGGUUCUUGGACUUACUGUACAUUACAGUCCACUGGUUUCCAAUCUUGUCGAGGUUGUUAAUGAGACGGCUGAAGACGACACAUUGAACUGCACGGUUAUUGCGAAUCCUCCUCCAUGGUAUGUGUGGCGCUCGACCAAUCUGGAGAAGGAAAUAAACGCGGGAUUACCUGUCCUCGUCGUAUCGUCUCUGAGUUCAGGGAACUACACUUGCACGGCCACAAACAGGCUCGGCAGUGUCAGCAAGCUCUUCAUUGUUCAAACCAAACCUAAAGGUGGAAACCGCACCAUUUUCUGGGCUGUCGUUGGACCGUUUGUUGGUUUGGCUCUGGUGAUGAUUGUUGGCUACGCAUUCAGAAAGAGGACUGAAAAGAACUGAGCCAUCAUGAAGCCAUGUCAGACAUUUUUACAAAACUGUGAGUGUACAUACAGGACGAUCACCUGUUCUUAAAGAGAUCAGCUAUGUUUACUACUUCAGAGACAAUCAACUGAAUCAGGCCUUUGGGUUCAGCUCAAACCUCGUGAUUUAAUCACGCGUGAAUUAGCACCACUGUUCCAUGUAUUUUUUUUUAAUGUAUCUAACCUUGGUACGUCAGUCUUUAUCAGAUCUGGAGCUCCAUGUUUUCUACUGUGAAUAUAUGAAUGUGCCUUAGCAGGCCAGAUAAACGGCAGCAGGUGACAAUAUUCUGUCUUGAAUUCUUUAUUUUAUUUAUCUCAUAUUGAAGUUGUUUUAUUUAUUAAACAUACUUAUUAUCUGUGAUGUCAAAGUCUGGUUGUAAACUGGUUUAUUCAGUGGGCAGGGUCGGGUUGACUCAGUGGUUGAUCUGUAGGUUGGGGGUUUGGUUCCCAGCUCUGUUCAGCUGCCACAGUUGGACCACUAAAAGAAACUUGACUUUUUUUAUUUCAUUAUUUGUUUUAUUUUAUUUUCUUUAAACUGUAAGUUGUUUUGAUUAAAAACUCCUGCCAAAUGCUAAAAGUUGCCAAAUUGUUCUUCAGCAUAAACCUAGGAAAGAGUUUUUACAUUUUAUGUCAGGCUCAAGUAUCUAUUUUUAUGUAUAAUUAUAUGAAUAUGUAACCCCUGUCUUUAAUUAUAUCAAGUCUUUAACCUUCAAAGCUGCCUUUAAACUGAACCUUCUAUGAUUGUUUAAAGCAGUGGUCCCCAACCACCAGGCCGCGGACCGAUACCGGUCCGUGGGUCAUUUAUUACCGGGCCGCACAGAAAGAAUGAAUAAUUAGAGUUUUCACUGCUUCUAUUUCAGGUGCUAUUGUCACCCCUAGAUGGAACCAGUGUCUCAUUGCAGCGAAAAAAGCUCAUUUUACAUAGUUUGUGAGCAAUAUUAUUAAAUUCUCCCUUCCCUGCCGAUCUGUGAAAUUAUAUCUUAUAUGAAACCGGUCCAUGGUGCAAAAAAGGUUGGGAAACGCUGCAUUACUAUAAGUAGUCCAUCCUCAGUGAAUCACUCCUGUCCUGUUUUUACAGUUGCAUUUGUUAAUUAUUGUGAACUUUCUUUGUUUAUAUAUAUUUUUGUUUAUGCAUUUUUAGCGCAUCCAAUUGCCCGAUUGCGUCAUGCUUCCUCUCCACUAAUGCUGACCCCACUCUGAUUUGAGGAGAACGAAGCUAACCCACGUCCCCUCCGACACAUGCAUACGGGCAGCAGCCGUAUGCAUUUUGUCACCCACAAUAGGCGAGUGCAAUGCGAAUCAGCCUUGUGUACAGAGAGACACACCCUGAUCCCCACUCUUUCCCUGCCUCUGUGCAGGCGCCAUCAAUCAGCCAGCAGAGGUCGUAGUGCAUCAGUUACAAGGAGUCUCUAUCCGGCUUAAUAACCCACCCCUAUAUGAACAACAGGCCAAUCGUUGUUCAUGUAGCCACUCAGCCCAGUUGGAUGGCAGAGCUGAGAUCGGAUACGAUAUAUUCUAAAUCCCAGCGCUAGCGUGUGUUUUUACCACUGCGCCACCUGAGUGGCCAUUGUGAACUUUCUAAUAGAUAAUUUAAUCGUUGGCACCCGGGUGAUGCAUUGUUAAAUUGCGCUAGCUCACUACCACUGGGAUUCAGAGUUCCACUCCCCAGUGGUGCUAUUGGACAGUUGUGUGUGUACAUACAGACAUUAAAAAUUUAUUACUCAUACAGUAAAGUGUCAUGCUCUGUUAAAAUGUACUCAUUUGUUGUAGCUUAGUAACUUUUCGCAUUUCUGAGCCUGUUCAUAGUGCCUUACUUAGUGUAAUUAUUAAUAAAUGUAAUAGUGGAUGUA